AACGAGGGACUUUAUAGUAAAGUAUGUAUGAGAGGUCGUCGCGCAGUACGAGUUCGGGUUUCGACCUGAGAGCACGCAUUCAUAUUCCCGCGUUCGUAGUGCAUAAAGAAGCGUUACACAGAUAAUUUAAUUUCAUGCAAUUUCGACGAUUACGCGACACUUUUGAACAUUCGCUGAAAAACUAGGUAGUUCUACAUAGUGCAGUGCGGUAGUCUCCUAAACACCUCACCAACUUUAUUUUAUAAUUUCAAUAUCGAUAGUCGGUUUGUUUUUUUUCAUCAGUGUUUGUUGGCAACAUACCAGUACAGACUGUUAUGCAGUCAACUUAUUCAUUCACAAUUGUAAAAAUAUCAUCUUCAUUUUACAUCAAAUCCCCUAUAGUGAUAUAUGGUUGAAUGUUGUGAAAAGUCUUGUGCUCUAAGUCAAUAUUGUAAAGCAUUAAAGAGAAAAAAAUAUACUGUGAUUUGCUAAGGAACAUUUUAAUCAGCAUUCAAUAGUCCACUGUUUUACCAUUGCUUCUGCCAAAGCAGUGAGAACCACAAAAGUUGUAUCGUUAAAUCACUCAUAUAUGUAUAUAUAAAUUACUAGUUUUUACUGAAAUCUUCAGUAAAUUAUGUGAAUAAUAUUGUCUGCGUGUGAAAUAAUAUAUAAAAAAGAAUUAGUAGAAACAAAAACAUGGCUAAAGUUGAAGUAAAACCAAGAAGAGAAGGAUUAAAGUGCUGGCGUCGAGAUGAUGGUUCCAGUUCUGAAAAUUCUGUUGUGGAAAGCAGUAGUGAGACCGAUAGUCAACCAAACAAUAAUACAAUGUUUCAUACGCACAACAUAGCACCGGAUUCAACCUAUUCCUUUCCAAGACGCCAAGCUGUCGAUAUAACAUUCCAGAAUCUCAAAUACACCGUGAAAUCUGUUAAUUUUGGAAAAUGUCAAAUUGAAACUAAGGAAAUUUUGAGGGGUGUUUCUGGAUCAUUCUCAAGCGGGAAACUUACUGCAAUCAUGGGUCCAUCUGGUGCUGGAAAAAGUACUUUGUUGAAUGUAUUGGCGAGUUAUGUGGAGCGUGGAGUUUCUGGUACAGUGAAAGUCAAUGGGAAGAAUAGAUCAGCAAAUUCACAAAAAUUCAGGGAAAUGUCUGCAUACAUCCAUCAGGAUGAUGCACUUCGACCCUGGCUGAAGGUGUCAGAGGCCAUGAUUGUUGCUGCCCAUCUCAAAUUAGGCUAUAAAGUUACUUAUGAAUAUAAAAUAAACUUGGUGAAACAGAUCUUAAUCCUCCUGGGGCUGGAGAAAAGGUAUAAUACUUUCACUGCUAAAUUGUCUGGAGGUCAAAAAAAGCGAUUAGCAAUUGCUUUAGAAUUAAUAAACAACCCACCGAUAUUAUUCCUCGAUGAACCAACAACAGGUCUAGAUAGCUCUUCUUGUACACAGUGUAUUUCUUUGCUGAAGCGUUUAGCACAGGAAGGUCGAACAGUGAUUUGUACUAUUCAUCAGCCUAGUGCUCUACUCUUUGAGAUGUUUGAUGAUCUCUAUACAGUUUCGCAGGGAUAUUGCAUAUACAGAGGACCUGUAAAGGAAUUAGUUCCUUUUCUCACAGAUAUCGGACUUCAGUGUCCGAAUUACCACAAUCCGGCGGAUUUUCUUAUUGAAAUUGCAAGUGGAGAAUAUGGCACAGAUAUGUCAAAGAUGUCCAUGAUCGCCUCAAGUCGCAAGUGCGAAGAUGUCAAUGUAAAACACGCUGUGAUACCUUCAGAGAAUGAACUUGGAGAUACAGGGUUAUGUAUGGACUUUAUUCCUCCUCCUGAAAGUGGUGGAGUUAUUCUAUCAGAAGUGGAAAGGACAAAGAAUCUGAAGGACGGUUCAAGGAGGAGGAAAUCUCUACAAGGGGCAUCUAUAUUAAUGCAAUUUUUCCUACUAUUCUGGAGAAAUUUAAUUUGUCACAAGCGUCACCAUUACAUCUUGGUAUGUCGCAUCCUGGCUCAUACAAUAAUAGGAGCGAUAUUUGGAUACUUGUACACGGGUGUUGGUCCCUUGGCUACAACAGUCUUCGGGAAUUAUGUUUAUAUCUAUGGAUCAAUGCUUCUCGUAGUCUACACGGGAAAAAUGUCUGUGAUGAUGUCAUUUCCAGUUGAAAUGGAAAUGCUUAAAAGGGAACAUUUCAAUAGAUGGUACAAAUUAGGGCCUUACUUCUUCUCUAUUAUUCUGUUUGAGAUACCAUUUCAAAUGAUCUGCGCUAGCUCCUACUUGGGGAUUAGCUACUGGUUGACAGGGAAUUUUAAUGACGAUUGGAGAUUCUUCUAUUUUAUGGUUUUAGCUUUACUAGCUACGCUAAGUGCACAGAGUUGGGGAUUUUUCUUCGGUGCUACUCUACCAGUAAAGAUUGCUGUAUUUGCUGGUCCUAUAGUAGCAGUUCUGUUCUCCGUUUUUGGCUUUUGCAACAGAUACAUUGACAUCACACCGCUUUUCCGCUGGAUGUGGCAUAUCUCCUACUACCGCGUAGGAUUCCACGGACUCCUCAACACAGUCUAUGGCAUGAAUAGGCGAGACUUAACUUGCCCAGACACAGCAAUGUAUUGCCAUUUCAAGAAGUCCAAUGUAUUCCUAACUGAAAUGAUGAUUAAUGACAUCAGCAUGGAAAGUGGCAUCUUUAUGAUGUCAUUAGUUAUCAUUGUAAUGCACCUGCUAACUAUAACAGUGCUCUGGGUGAAACUCAAUAAAAGAUAGCCAAUCCCUACAAAGGAUUUCAAAAGCUCUUAAAAUGAUCAGAAAAGAUCAUGAACUAAAAAUGUAUUUCGUCCGAAUUGUAUUUUUUUACUUGACAUUUGAACAUCACAAUUAAUUAGAAUUAAAAAGGUUAUUGUUUUCUAAUUGAUUGCAGGGGCACUUACUUUCUACUUGAUUUAUUUUUUGUAUUAGAUGUAAGAAUUCUUCUGUGGUGUUCCUUGAUAUAUUGCCGAAUAAAUUGCAAUAAUUUGUAUAUUGUACGUGGACUCAUAUUUUUUGUAAUUUAUGACAAUAGAAAGGAUUUACACUAAAA